AAACUUGAAGUGUGUAUACGCAAAUAUGAGAAUCUGCCAGAGGAUUCAGAGUUCAGGCAUGAGAAAUAUCGAGCGGCACUCACAGAGUCCUUGAUGUCGCAGGAUGAGGAUGAGGUGAGUGAGCAGGGGCAAAAGACAGGGCAAUUUGUAUCCCAUGCUGGAACAUAUCGAAGUGACCUUAUGUUGAGGUUCUUGGCCGCUGUUGAUGAAGCGGCGGAUCCACACCCCCCGCCUCGCUUCACCGCUCGGGUUAAAGGCGACUCGAAAGAACUCCCGCUCUUAGCUGCGAAGAAAAUUGAGAAUCGAGCACGCCGAUGGAUGGUGUCAGCGGAAUGGCUUGCGAGAGAAGAAAACAAGAAGUAUGACUCACCUAGCUUUCUCCUAGACAAUGGGCGUGCAUGGGGUGAUCCAAAGGACCCUGAGGAGAUGUUGGCAGGGCAGAAGCGAGUGAAGGAACAGAAGAGGGUGAUUGCGGCGAAGAAGCGCGUGAAAAUCGAGGAGAUGGAGGCGAAGAAGAAGGAAAAAGGAACAAAGAAAGGUAAGGGCAAAUCAAAGGCCACAACUGACAAAGGGAAGGGACGAGAGAGCAUCCCAGCACAACCAGUAGCAAGUACUAGCACGGCUCGUGAGCUGCCUCCUGCUGCAGAGUCGGAUGAUGAGUUCAGUGACUAG